AAAGAUUAUGGUGGUUUGGUCCGGUAACGACGCUUUCGCGAAUUAAUAAUUUAUUUAAAUUAAUUACUCGUGUGUUUUAGUGUAAAUUGAAGUCUGUGUUAAUAAAUCGUGUUACGGAUUGAUUGUUCAGUGUAACGGUGUGAAAGAUGAGUCAAAAGGCGAGUCGGAAGAGUGCGGUCAAUGAAGAAAAAGAAAAGAAUACAGACACACCGGUGAAAGAAAUGAAAAAGAAAAUGGCGGCCAACGCCGAAAAGGAGAAGCAAGCAGCGGAGAAACUGGCCGAGAAACCAUCAGAGAAACACGAUAAGAAAGAGAAGGCUGCUGAAAAACCUGACAAAUCGGAUAAAUCCGACAAACCUGCCGAAAAACCGGAGAAGUCCACGGAGAAAGUAGAUAAAAGUGCUGAGAAGAACGAUAAAGUGGAUAAAAAAGCGGAGAAAUCAGAUAAGAAGGAGAAACAACCGGAGAAGAAGGCUGACCCUCCAGUGGAGAAGAAGGAAGAUAAGGAACCUAAAGAUGAUAAGAGCAAGCCAGAGAAACCCGAGCCGAAAAAGUCCGACACGAAGCCGAAACAGAACGGUUCCAGCUUGAACGGCUCCACACACCCGGACGAGAACGGAACGGUGAGUCCGGACGACGACUCGGACGAGCUGGCGGACGAGAUGUUUCCGGAACUGGCCUACGACGACGCGUCCGACCCGGAGUUCGAGCCGCCGGACGCGACCGGACGCAGCUACACCAGGAGAUCGCAGGCGAAGUCCGCGCGAACGCCUGAGACGCCGCGGCCCGCCUCCGACAAGACGACCGAUGCCGCGGACGAUCAGUCGAAGGUGCUAAAACUGAAAGAGGAUGCGCCCACCGCCUCAGACCGCAAGUUACGCUCGUCUGACUCUCCAAAACCGCAAGACAAAAAGUCACAAGACAAGGAAAAACCACAAGAAAAGGAAAAAGAGCAAGCAAAAAACGCACUAGAAUCGCAGAAGGUGCAAGAAACAAAAGACGGCAAGCAAGAGAGCGUCAAGGACCAAGAAGAAAAAGAAAAUGGGGAUAAGACAGAGAAGAUCGAAGUGGAUGUUGUUAUUGAGAUUGAAGGAGAUGAUGAGCCGCGCAAGACCGACACCAACUACUCCAAGAGUCGCGUCAAGGUGUCGCCCUACCGCCGCAGUUUGAGGGCAGACCACACGGCGACUUCUAUGCUGGCCAACUACACAGGAAACAACACAACAAUGGAAAUGGACAUCACGGAAUCGUCCUUCGUGUCCCACGAGGAAGGUUCCUUAGACGACAGCUCGUAUCUGUCAGGGUUACGAAGCAUCCGCGGCCGCCGCUCCUACAAGCCGCUGAAGGAGAUGACGCUCCGCCACGUGACAGCCAACCGCAGCGCCAACAAGUCUGCGGCUAAUGUGUCUGUUGAACGCGGCGCUGUCAUUGGUUGUACAACUAGCAACUGGUGGCUAAGCUUCGUAUUACGCAUACGGGGUGCCAACGAGUUUGCUGCUACUAAUGUCUCUGGUGAGUCCAUUACCGAGUCAUCGUCCUUCGUCUCCCACGAGGAAGGUUCCUUAGACGACAGCUCGUACCUGUCGGGGUUACGAAGUAUCCGCGGCCGCCGCUCCUACAAGCCGCUUAAAGAGAUGACGCUCCGGCACGUCACAGCCAACCGCAGCGCCAACAAGUCAGCGGCCAAUGUGUCUGGUGAGUAUCUACAGACUAGUGAUAGUCGUCAUUCAACAGAUGGCGCUGGCCCCUGUAUUACUGUGGCGCGGUGGUGUGCGCCUACGAAACCUGCAUCGCGGUAUCAAAGUUUUUCGCCCUGA